AUGGUGGUGGAGGUUGAUUGGGGUAUGGUGGUGGAGGUUGAUUGGGAUAUGGUGGUGGAGGUUGAUUGGGGUAUGGUGGUGGGGACAAAUCGGGGUAUGGUGAUGGGGGUUCGUUGGGGUGUGGUUCAAGGUUUUGAACAUGCAAUGGUUGUUGUUGUGGUGUAUGUUGUUGUUGUUGUUGUUGUUGUUGUUGUUGUUGUUGUUGUUGUUGUUGUUGUUGUUGUUGUUGUUGUUGUUGUUGUUGUUGUUGUUGCCUACAACGACAAGCCAACCCAAAGUAGAUUCACUUUCGCAAUCUUUACAUUCCUUAUAAGAAGAAUCAUUAUUGUAACAACAUUUUCCAGUAGUGUUGCAAUCGUUGUCUGAGUUACACUGUAUUCUAAGAGAAGAUUUAGCACAUUCACCACGACCUCGAUAAACAUCACGACAAUAUUCACCUGAUGCGCAGUCGCUAUCAUACUUACAAGACUCUCCAGUACAAUUUGAGGCACAUGUUCCAUUAGAACAACAAGAUUCACUUGAUGCGCAGUCGCUAUCAUACUUACAAGACUCUCCAGUACAAUUUGAGGCACAUGUUCCAUUAAAACAACAAGAUUCACCUGAUGCGCAGUCGCUAUCAUACUUACAAGACUCUCCAGUACAAUUUGAGGCACAUGUUCCAUUAAAACAACAAGAUUCACCUGAUGCGCAGUCGCUAUCAUACUUACAAGACUCUCCAGUACAAUUUGAGGCACAUGUUCCAUUAAAACAACAAGAUUCACCUGAUGCGCAGUCGCUAUCAUACUUACAAGACUCUCCAGUACAAUUUGAGGCACAUGUUCCAUUAAAACAACAAGAUUCACCUGAUGCGCAGUCGCUAUCAUACUUACAAGACUCUCCAGUACAAUUUGAGGCACAUGUUCCAUUAAAACAACAAGAUUCACCUGAUGCGCAGUCGCUAUCAUACUUACAAGACUCUCCAGUACAAUUUGAGGCACAUGUUCCAUUAAAACAACAAGAUUCACCUGAUGCGCAGUCGCUAUCAUACUUACAAGACUCUCCAGUACAAUUUGAGGCACAUGUUCCAUUAAAACAACAAGAUUCACCUGAUGCGCAGUCGCUAUCAUACUUACAAGACUCUCCAGUACAAUUUGAGGCACAUGUUCCAUUAAAACAACAAGAUUCACCUGAUGCGCAGUCGCUAUCAUACUUACAAGACUCUCCAGUACAAUUUGAGGCACAUGUUCCAUUAAAACAACAAGAUUCACCUGAUGCGCAGUCGCUAUCAUACUUACAAGACUCUCCAGUACAAUUUGAGGCACAUGUUCCAUUAAAACAACAAGAUUCACUUGAUGCGCAGUCGCUAUCAAACUUACAAGACUCUCCAGUACAAUUUGAGGCACAUGUUCCAUUAGAGCAACAAGAUUCACUUGAUGCGCAGUCGCUAUCAAACUUACAAGACUCUCCAGUACAAUUUGAGGCACAUGUUCCAUUAAAACAACAAGAUUCACUUGAUGCGCAGUCGCUAUCAAACUUACAAGACUCUCCAGUACAAUUUGAGGCACAUGUUCCAUUAGAACAACAAGAUUCACCUGAUGCGCAGUCGCUAUCAAACUUACAAGACUCGCCAGUACAAUUUGAGGCACAUGUUCCAUUAGAACAACAAGAUUCACCUGAUGCACAGUCGCUAUCAUACUUACAAGACUCUUCAAUACAAUUUGAGGCACAUGUUCCAUUAGAACAACAAGAUUCAUCUGAUCCGCAGUGCGAAUCAUAUUUACACGAUUUUCCAAUACAAGAUCCAGCACAUUUGCCAAUAAGACUUUGA